CUCUUGCCGGUUACCCCUCAAUUUUGGUCUCUUCACCUUGUUUCUCGACAACGCUUGGUACGGCGACGAGGCAUCUCAACACGCCUGACGGAUGCGCGCUUUGAGGCCCCAGACGCAAUUGCACUGUUGCAGAAGUUGGCAGCAUCUUCCUUCCUUCCUUCCUACUUGUUGCCUUUGCCACCCUGACACUACGGAAAUAUGACCCCACUCGAGAUCAUCGGCCUCGUCAGUGCCAUCAUCACAUUCAUCGACUUCGCGGCCGAAAAUGUUGCGGUGGCACGAGAGAUUGGGCUGACGGGUUCUGCGACGUUCAAAGACAAUGCUGAUCUGGAGCGUCGGGUCAAACUCGUCGAGGAACACGUCACAGGCCUCAAUGCUAGGACAAUCGGUGCGGCCAGGGAUACUGAUGAAGCUCAUCUGCUGGACCUUAUUGAUGAGUACAAGAGACUCACGGUCCAGCUAAUGACCCUCCUGGCUGGGCUCAAGUUAGCCAAGAAGCGAUACAUUCUAUGCAAAAUGAUCAAGGACUUCCGGAAGAAGGACGAAAAGGAGACACUCCAGAAAGGAUUGAAUGAUUGUAGAUCCAGGAUCCAUUUACAGCUUACUCAAUUAACGAGAUCGGAACUGAGUGGCCGUCUCGGUGAAAUUUCAGCCCAAGGUCACGUCAGCGCUAUUGAGAUGCAGCAGUUGGGCGCAAACAUCAAGGAACUGCAAUCCAACGUCGAGCUGUGGAAGCACGUCCCUGGUUUGGUAGAAAGUGUCCACGAUAUCCUGUCCCGUUCGAAGGAGGCUGUUGAAGGCGCUGCUCAGCGCCUCAUUUUGGAGAAGCUUUAUGUCGGCGACAUGACGAGGAGGUUCGAUGAGAUUGAACGCGCCCACGAAAAGACAUUCUCCUGGCUUUUGGGCCUCAAUACGUCAUCCAUAGGCGAGGCCGAUCCAAGUUAUGCGUCCACGUUCCGUCACAGCGAUGGAUCAGGUUAUAAACCUCAGAUAUCCCUGAAGCGAACCGUUAAAGAGCUUCAAGCACAAAAGUGUCUCGUAAACUGGUUGGCUCAUGGUGGAGGUAUCUUCCAUAUCUCUGGCAAACCUGGCGCAGGAAAAUCGACACUUAUGAAGUACCUCUGCCAAAGCACUGCUACGCAAUCCUACCUCAAUGACUGGGCUGGAGAAAAGAGGCUAAUUUCGGCAAACUUCUUCUUCUGGAAGCUUGGGUCCACAGCUCAAAAAUCACUGGACGGACUGCUUCGGGCACUUUCAUACUCUGUUCUGGAGCAAGCCCCGGUCUUGCUCGAGACUGUAUUCCCAAAUCAGUGGAUAAACGCUACACAAGGAAGAGCGUUUUCAAUCCAGAGCUCUGAGAUCGAGUCGGCCUUCUCCCGUCUGUUGCAACAAACGGCGUUCUUUUCCUCACACAAGAUUGCAAUCUUCAUCGACGGCCUGGAUGAGUUCGAUGGAGACCAUGACAACAUGAUAAAGAUGCUUCGUAGUUGGGCUGAGAGUCUCUCAGAAGAUAUCAAACUGUGUGUUUCCAGCCGCGAAUGGGAGGUCUUUCGAAAGAGGCUAGUAAAUUGCCCUGGAAUUCUCCUUCAGGAUAUCACGAGCCGAGACAUCGCAGCCUACGUCAACAGCGAAUUGUGCGACAACGAAGAAUUCAGGUCCUAUUAUUUGGAAAACCCAAACGUCGAAAAGCUCAUCGAUCUGAUCAAGGACAAAGCCAAAGGCGUGUUCCUCUGGGUAAAGAUUACCUUGAGAGGUCUCAAAUGGGGAUUUCUUUCCGGGGAGCGACUGGAAGAUCUCAGAGCAAGACUCGAAGCUUUGCCUGCAGGCCUGGGAAAUCUCUUCGCGUCAAUUCUAGCAUCCAUCAGGAGUGGGAUUCAUACCAAUAAAUUAGACAGAAUGAGGGCGAUGCGAAUGCUUCUGCUUGUAGCGGAGCAAACUCGCGGUGGCUUGCAUGCUUUACCCCUGCUGCUCGCAGAACUUACGUUCUUGGACGAUUAUGAGAAAGAUCCCAACUUCGUUUUCAGCUUUCCGACCGCAAACGGCGCCAAUAGUGCUCGGGUCUCAAGACAAGAUAGAGCCAGGCGGUCAGUCUACCAACGUUGCAUGGGCCUUCUUGAGGUACAACUUUCUGAACACGAUUCUCGACCGCGCUUGAUGAGGGGCGUUUGUGACUUUAGUGAUGGUCAGGCCAAACAAAUCACAUCAAGGGAAGAAAAUAAGUACAAGAUAAGCGAAAAUCUCAAUACUGAAAUCGAGAACAGCCUGCAGAACGGUACUGCACGAAUUCAUCAAGAGGAGAAUUCCGAGAUCAUCGAUGAGGGCGACGCCAUUUUUCUGCAUACUCAUGCGUGGUACUACGACAAUCACAGGAUUAAUCAUGAACAUCCUUCUACUGAGCGGGUUGUAUGCACACAUCGAUCUGUGGUUGAGUUCUUGUUGCAGCCGCACAUCAAAAGUCUCAUCGACGCUGAAGCCCAAUCUUUUGACUGGGCUGAUUUCCGACUUCAGGCUUUCUUAGCAUCUUUGAAACUCUUCGAUCCCUGCAAGGGAUUCGUCAAGAAAGGUUUGGGGCAUGUACUGAAACACUUUGUUGAGAAUUGCUUUCAUUUUCGCGGGCUGGCCCAAGGUCGGCUACUGACUUCCUGCGAAGAACUGAUCCGCACUCUGGAAGUUCAAACACCGACUCCAAGUAUUGGGUCAGAAGCAAGAUUUACAAAUUGGUUUCGAUUCGAUCCAUCCGAACUAGUUUACGCUACAGAAACGGAUGGAAGCAUCGGUCUCGCUGUUCACAUCGAUCCUAUUGCAUACUCAUGGCCUAUCAACUUGGAUGGUGGCUUUUACCAAUUGGGACGCCGAAGCAAACGGGAAAUGUAUCACAACGUGCUCUUAGACUUCUGUCUAUAUGAGAUCUCUCAUUUUUAUCUCGCUAGAGACGUGAAAAAGAGAUCAUAUGAGUUAAGAACUUGCGAGUAUAUCUCCAAAUGUUUCGAAGCGGGGGCAGAUCCCAAUGGAGCAUCCUUGCUAAAAUAUGGCUGGGGAGCUAGAUUUACUUGCUGGCAGACAUGGAUAAUUACAUCUAUCAAAGGAAGGUCUUGGGGGUCUUCACCGUCUUCUAUAAAGCUUUUCCUACUUCACGGUGCGGAUCCUAACAUCUGGGUUCAUUGCAACAACAAAACAGUAUCUCUUUGGUGGGCUGGAGCAACUGUGUGGUAUGGAGUCAUUGGCAGUCUUGCUGGUCGUGACAUGGGCAAGUUUCGGUCCCAAGUCAGUCAUAUCGGAGCAGGAAGCGGAAAAGCAGGCGUCGAUCUGCUUCUGGGCGAGUUUCUACCCUUGUGGUUCCCAGAUGGCGCCGAGCUACGAGAACUGUGCCAAAGAAGUCAAGAAUCAAGACCCACCGUGAUGCCACCUUGCUUCACCAAUACUGAUGUGGUUUGGCAUUACUGAAUUUAUUCCACUCUAUGAGAUUCUGGUCAAUGAUCCUCGCGCAUAUGAUUCGAAAGAAGGCUUUGAUUUCACGUAUGAUCGACUCUAUAAUUCACUACUCGUCACUGUCUAUGUCGGAAUCUGAAAAGGGUUUCUGACCUUGACUACCUUUGCAUAGCCGAAGUCAAAAAGUUUGUUAGUGGUGUGAACUAUGAGGGCAGUAGUCCGACCGAAGCACUUUCAUAGACUGUGGAAUAAAAAAAAUGAAG